UAUGAGAGUCAGGGUAGGUGGUCAGCGGUUUCGUGUUGUCAUUGACCGCGCACGAGACGUAUCUGCCGAGACAGACAAUACGUGCGCGCUGGCCAGAAACUUAUUCCCUGAAUAAUUAAAGAUCGGGAGAAGUCGAUGGAGGACGUUGUAUUGCUUCGUAGAGGGGAAAAAAAGAAUACUCACCUCAACUGGAGCAUGCGGGUUUCUUCAGGUGCUACUUUAAUAUCAAUUUCAUAAACUUCGAUUUAAUUUUCUUAAAUAAAUUUCAAAGCCAGCACUAUAGGGGCUGUAUUAUUUGAUAUAUAGUUUUUAGGGUGUAAAUCUAAAUUGAAAUAUUAAUUUUAUAUAAAUAUUGUAAAUGUGUACAAAUAUUUUUUUCGUAGUGUAAACAUGCAUCGUUUUCUGAAAGCGUUAACAAUCAAUGACUUCUCCAUUCGCGCGAAGCUACAGGACGCUGCUGUGUGAAAUGUGGAAAAGCCUAACUACUAACAGCGCAGACCUGCAGCCAAACGAACAGUAGCCCCUCGCUGCAGAAUACAAGAUCCAGGGGGCGUGGUUGGAUCCACGAAUGGAUAAAGAGAUGCAUGGGGUAAAUUGGAGUUUCAGGUGUCAAGCUGGAAAAAAGGCGAACUCUAAUUGGCUAGAAAAUCAUUUAUGCUGACGGGAGGAGUCCGCUCUCGGCCUCUGCCUCAUAUACAACUCUUUUGUACACUGGUUUUUGACUAGUCGGUGGUGUGACUACCUGUGGUGAUCAUCCUGACACUUAUCCUCGUAGACACGAGUACCUUUUGAACCGUAGGCGCGUGUCCUGGAGUGACGAGAUAAGGAGGUCGGUUACUCUUCUUGGACUAUUUUUUCAACCUCUGCUUUUCUCCCAACGCGUAGAAUUUGGUUUCGAACAUUAUCUGAGGAUCUACCUCAGUGUACACCACGACAUAUAGCUGAGGUAAUCAGCUGUAGUGGCAUUUUUGUGGUAUUUGCACGCGAGAGAUCUCUAUGUCUGAGGGCACCGCUCGCGCGCAAUCCCUUGAAAGUGGGGAAGUGUCACACCGCUGCCGGCGACUUUAAACGCUCCUGUCACACGACAAACGCGCCAACUCUGACUUAAUAUUUUAUUAUAUAGUCAUUUAAGCUUACGCUGUCAUAUGUGUACUCAAUCAUUUAGACUUAUAUUUAAGACAUUCAAGAAAACAACACUUGGGAAAAACACGCGCUGGAUGAGCUUGGAAUAACUUAAAAAAAAAAGUAUUUUUUCUCCGCACACGAAAAUUUGCAUUCCCGUCUUACGGGAAAAUUUCCACAGAUGAUGGAGCUCCCUGCGGAACCUCGGUGGAUGAUGCAUGCUCAUCAUUCAGCUUUAAUGGGUACCUCAGAUUCGGUGUCUCCGCUCGCUGGUUUAGGACAUCAUAGUUCGGGAUGUAUGGAGCCAGGUACCCCAUUAUUGCCACCAGACGAGGUGGAUGUAUUUCUCAGUCAUUUGGACUCUCAAGGAAACCCCUAUUAUCACACACACGGGUCCCACUCUCAUACUCGUGCACGAAUGUCUUACAGUCAAACGCAUGCACGGCUUACAGGUGGCUCAAUGUGUCGAUCUCACCUUAUCCACACUCAAGGUCUUUCUAUCCUGGACAACAGCAAAUCGACCUUUCCGGCGACCCAGCACCACAGCACAUGGGCCGUCAGCCACCUGGGCAAAGCGGUUCUACAUUCAGCAGGCACCGAAAGUUCAAACGGCCUGUACACGGGCACCGGUACGCAUGGCCCAGGUUCGAUGCCGUGCCUGUCAAUGACGCAACACUGCAGCCCUCAACUCUACUGCCUGCCCCCUACUCCACCCAAAGAUGCGUCCCCUGACCCUGCUUGUGCUGUGGUGAGGGACGCUGGGAAGUACCAUCUCCAUCUUGUCGACGGGAUGAAGAUGGAGUGCUCCAUACCAGUCCGUGGCAAUCUGGCACAAACUCCAGCUCAUGUACCUUCAUAUUCUGAGUACGCACUAUCUGGAGCGCACGAGUACCCAGGCAGCGUAUUUCAUUCCAGAAGUCUGCUUGGGAGCAGCGCAAGCAGCAUGACGUCAAAAUGCAAAAGCAAAAGCCGCGCUUUCUCAGGGCGUGAAUGUGUGAACUGUGGAGCUACAUCAACUCCUCUGUGGCGGAGAGAUGGAACAGGUCAUUAUCUGUGUAAUGCAUGUGGCCUCUAUCACAAAAUGAACGGCCAGAACCGACCACUCAUCAGACCCAAGCGCCGACUGUCAGCAUCUAGACGAGCAGGCACCUGUUGUUCCAACUGCCAGACAGGGACCACCACACUUUGGAGACGUAAUGCCAAUGGAGAACCUGUCUGUAAUGCCUGUGGUCUAUACUACAAACUACACAAUGUGAACCGUCCACUUACUAUGAAGAAAGAUGGGAUACAGACACGCAAUAGGAAAAUGUCAGGCAAACUUAAGAAGAGGAGAGGAGAACAUUUUCAGCAAUUUGACAGUUGUGUGCAUGAGAAACCAUCCACCUUCAGCCACAUGGCCAACAUGCCCCACCCCUUCAAUAUGACCCAACCAAUCCAAUUACAUCCAGCAUUCAGUCACAGCAGCUUAGUCACUGCUAUAGGCUGAGAGACACUUGUAGAAGAUACCAUACUUAAUGAACACAUUAACUGCAUUCUUCAGUUUUAAUGUUCAGGUCGAGGACAUUUCAUUAAUGUUUCAGGCUCAAAUAUUCAUUAUGCAAAUCUCAAAAUUCUACUCAUUCUUGAUUUAAAAUGUUGCACUUUAUUUUGUGUUUUUCUGAAAUGUGAUGUAAACCAACCCAGAAUCUGACUGUUGUACACCAAGAGUUUCAACAGCUUAUCAUGAAUAAAUAUCCCCUAUUUAUUUAAAUAUAAUCACAAUUACAAAAUGUUUGUCACCUAUAGCACUGAACCUUAUGGAACUGAAGUAGAAGCAGCCCUGCAUUUAAAAAAAUCAUAAUAUAAACCUGUCCCUAAACCAUUUGUCAUUAUAUAACUAUAUAUAUUUUUUUUUCUAAUUUAUUUUUUUCUUUUUUCUUAUUUUCAAGCUUUAAACUAGUAUCCACAUCAAUAUUAUCAAUAAAUCUUUUCUAUGCAUUAAUACAUGUUAUA